CAGCUGUGUAGAUGGAGGCUGCUAUCAUUAUACACAAGCCUGCAGGAGAGAAGAGGAGAAUGGUGACGCAUACGCACCGACAAGGCAAUUAUGAGUGCUGCUGAAAUGAGAAUCAUCAAGAGAUGCUCUCACAGUGAAUCAUGAGUAGAUGCACUAUCAAUUCCCCUUGUGUGCCACUUCUGAGCCUGUGGAGUUUUCUAUCUCUGCAGAAAGUACAGUCUAACAAGCACUGUGGAGACGCGGAAGCACUUGCUAGUGUUAUUUCCUUCAUUCAUCCUAACACGUUGUAAAAUGAGGACAUCCUUCCACUAAGACCAACACACAUGCUAUUGUAACUGAAAAUGCCGGCUUCACCUAAGUGGGUUACUGAAUAAUGAAAUUAUCAACUGGACUCAUGAGCCAUGGAGCAUGAACAGCCAAAGCCUCGUUUUAUUCUCUUCGACUCUGGAACAACAGUCACAGGAACACACCCAAAACAUCUGUUUUAUGGCAACUCUAUGGGGACACACCUUUUCAAACACAUAAGCACACAUCCCACUUUCUCAUUAAAUAGCCCCCCAGGAGACAAAACUACACACACAAGGCAUUCAAAACCUGACAAAGUCCUUUAAGGGCAAUAGCUGCCUCAUUAUUUUCAGGCCCCGGCAAACACUCACUGAACAAACUCCCAGAACAUCCACUUUACAACAACUAGACACUCUGAGACUGGUCCAAAUCAUUGGCUGGAAUACCGAGAGGAAAAAAAAUAUCACAUAAAUGCUUCACUAGCACCAGCAUUGUAACAUUGUGGGCUGUUUAUUUCUUCAUUACGUGAGCAGAAUUACACCCUUGGAUCAUGAUAUUUUUGAAAUGGUUGGUUAUGGCCAGGCGGUAAAUGUACCAGCACAAAUGUUCUGUUUACAGUUUCGACUUAUGACAAAUCUGUUUUCAGUUUCCACUAAUCCCUUUUGUUUUGUAAGUGAAUUGCUUUAUAAGUUGCUCAAAAAUCUGCACUCAGUGGUAGAAAUGCGGAGAAAAGAACACAUCUGUAACCACUGAUAUGGAACGAAACCUUCAUCAGCCACCAACUCUUCUUUAACUGCACCAAAUGACCCACAAGAUGUCCUGUCUUUCCUCAUGAGCUGGAAAAAGACCAAAAAAAGAGAUGUCGGUGACCUCAACUGAUUUCCAGUCAAGUGCGGCAUUGUUUGUGUGUUUACCAUUCGAGAUUUAUGACUCUCACAUGUUGGAAUAGAUCAGCUGACAUAGAUUUGAUGUCUGUCACAGUGCAUGAGAGUGAAACUAUCAUGGUUUUUCAAAAAACACAAAUAAUAUUGUACUGAUUUGGACGUGUGUGGAAAAAGUCAGGUUUAUUAAGCGCAUUAAAUUACAAAUGAUUACAGGAGGACAUGUUUUGUGGGGAGUAAAGUGUGAAGCGUCAGGGCUCAAGCACUAUAAGAUAGAACACUGUAUUUUAUGUAUUACAUUGUUCUAUAUCAGAGUGUCAUUAUGAUGAAAUCUUUGUAUUCUACUAAUACUUUGUGCAGCACUCUCUUUGGCUUGUGUUACUGAAUAAUCUGUCAGUUAUUUUCUCCAUAAAGGGCUCGCCUGUAAAAUAUGUGAACAUGUUAAAAAAUGAUUCACCCAGAUGUGACAGCUUAAAAUAUUCACAUGUUGUUUUGAUCAAGUCUAAAGCUCCAAGACAUUCAGUUAACGUAACAAAAACAAACAAUCUAAUGGCUGUGGCACGUGGAGGUAAAAGCACUGCGCCUAAAAAAAGUGACUGCAUACUUUACUUUGAUUGUGAUUUAGUGUGGCCCAUGAGGGAAAUAUCAAGAAAUGUCCAUUUGGAAAAAUACUAGGGUGAAAAAAAAGAAAAUAAAUGUACAUGAGGAAUACAGGCAAAAUAAGGAAAACAGAAUGAUACAUCAUCCCCUAAGUGAGUGUCCAGGAAAUGAAAAUGUGUCCACAUGAUACUGCAUUGCUAGAUUAAAGCAAACUUUAAAUGAAAUGGCUGUAACCUGGUGGGACCUUUCUAAUAUGAUAAGGCACAUGUGGUUCCAACAGAGAACUCCUCAGAGUUUACUUGAACUGUGAUAAUUAGGUUGAUGCUGUGGUGGCCGAGGAGUCACUGUGAUGAUCAAACAAACGGAUGAUCAGCAGAUUUACUGCAAUAUUGGCGUAAUAUUCGCGAUGACCGUCUGAGCGUUUUCAUUGGCCCGUGCGUAAUUGCUAUUUAACGCUUCGCCCUCGCGCCCAGGUGAGCAAAAGCAUCAACAACCCAGUGAUGUCUUGCAAACAGAAAAUGAACUGUAUUUUGUUUAUGGUUGUGUUAACCGUUUAUCAUGUGUGUCACUCGGUGAGUUUAGGACACCGACAACAAGUCGCACACUCCACAGCUGCCAAGUGGGAAAAGAUUGACCACAAACAGGGACGCUUUCACGCGGGUCUCCAGAGCGCAAGUGUGCGCAAAACCAACCGCUCGGGUCUCCAGCAACACCGGCCUGAAUCUGCUGCUUCUGUGGGGGACAAACUACCACACUUUGCUGUUACAAAACUGGAUGAAACUAGCAGCAACGUAGUGUCACCCAGCUUGGACCGGACUGCUGGUGAGAUCAGGCUGAAGGCCUCAGACCCACAAGACGGACAUCAAGCAGAUUUUACAGGUUUCCAAGGAGUCAAGGGUAUGGUUUUGGGUCCAUCAUUUGACUCGGGCCGACAUGUUAUGGAGUGGCUGCAAAUGAAGCCUUUGGUGCAGUGUGAUGACAGUGUCAUGACCUUCACUGCUUCAGGACAAGGACUGACAAACCUGCUGAUAGACAGAGCGGGAGAGUCUCCCAUCUCUCUGUUACAGUUGCCUCCACACUGUGGGUAUUCAGUGAGGAUGUCAUUGAGUGACCUGGAGAUGAAGGUGCCGUACGAUGCGUGUUACAUUACACGAGAGAACGGCAGUUAUGUGUUGCCCAUGUUGUGGUGGGACAGUCCUGUGAAGCUGUCCUGUCCUGAGCAGCUGCCCACUGCUGCCUCGCCUUUGUCCCCCUCUGUUCCUUCAGUCUUCUGCUCCCCCUAUGGCAUGACAGUGCAGAUGUAUGGACAGGAGCAGGAUAUACCAAAUAUGAGAGUCACAGUGAAUGGAGACUGGGGUCCAUUUGUAUCUGAAGGGUGUGCGUAUCUGGUCCACUCCAGACCUGAUGAGCUCACCUUCUUCAUCCCUUACCCAAUUCCCUGCAUCAUUAAUGAAGAGGGACUGCAUCUCCAGCUUGUAAUAGAUAAUCAGGAGUAUAUCCUCUCGUGUCCUGUCAUUCCUCAGUUUCCCUACAUCCCAUAUCCUGUUAGCCCUAUGACCACCUCCUAUCCUCCUCCCCCUCCUCAGAUUCCUGACAUUCCAGACUACCUUUACUACCAAUACCCUGGGCUCAAGAAUCCCCAUCUUCCCCAGGUCUAUCCUCCCGGUCCACAACCUGUUAUGGAGCCUUAUACGUUGCCUUACUCUCCUGAAAAGCACCAAAUGUAUCCUCCCCUCCUAGCGCCUGGUAGUCCUUCCCACCUAGUGUAUAUGUUGCCCCUUGGCCCUUAUCACCAUUCACCUUGGUUGUUGUACCACCAUGUGCCACUCUACUACCCUACAGUGGCACCUGCUACAACCACUGCUCCUCCAGCUGCUCAGCUCCCUGGACCUCCAGCAAGUCCUGACUAUUAUCUUCAGACACUGCACUAUCCUGCACCCACUGCUGCAGCAGUGACCCAAGCACCACAAUCUCCUGCUCCCCUCUCUCCGCCUGAACAACCCGGGGAGCCACAGUAUCCAGCCGGUCCAUAUUUACCUCACAGCUCUUACUAUCCUGAUGGACUAAAACCUGGUCCUGACGUGCAACCGCCCCCGUCUUACCCCUACAAUCCCUACUAUAGUUUUUACCCAACAUACUACCACCCACCUUACCCUCUUAUGCCCCAGUAUCCUGACAUUCAAUCACCGAAGAGCAAAAUGAAGCCUGUCACCAGCACCGCCACUUCUACUGCAGCCCCCACCGCCUCUUGUAUGACAACAUCAACCUCAACUCAGCCCACAACACAGACGCCUCUUCACCAGUGUCUGACGGGGAGGAUGGCUGUCUUCCUACCUUUUGCUCACCCAGACUCCAUCCAGGUUAAAGAUGAAAUGAAGACAUGGCAGCCUCUCUCCAAUGUGUCACUACUGUGUGGGUACAUGCUGCAGAUGGCUCAAGGCGCCGGGGUUUUCCUUCACUCUCCUCUGCCUGCCUGCAACAGCCAAUCAGUGACUCCCACAACCAUUUCCUUACCGCUGAGGUUUUGGGAUCUGUCCAAAGCACAGUAUCGGACUCUGGAACCGCAAUGCCCCUAUGAAGGUGCCUCUGAAACUCCUACAGUAGUUACUCCAACUGUCCCCCCCGCCCCACCCAGCACCACGGUCCCUGCUGACCCAAAGCCUCGAGUCAUCUGCUCCUCCCAUCAAAUGACCGUGAAGCUCCCCUCUGGUCCCAUCUCUGGAAUUCUUCUUAAAGAUGUCAAAGAGAACCAGAUCAGCCUUCAAGAUGCCCCAAAGCACUGUGGAUACUCUGCAAGCAAAGGCAAAGAUGGCAAAAUCCUUCUCAGUCUAGACCUACACACUCACUGCCACAUGGUCGUGCAGGGUAAAAUGUACAUAAUCUCUGUUGUCUAUAUGACGCAAAAAGGGAGAAGGGAGGCUCGGUUUUCUUGUCCAGUUGUCGCCCCAGCGUCACAGAAAGAUUGCAACCUGCCCAGCAAACACCGUCUCCCCUGUGGACCCGCAUUUGUGUCCCAGCCGCAGUGCCUCUCCAUGGGUUGCUGCUUCAGCAAGCACACCCCCGCCUGCUACUACCCCAUGGAUGAGUGCACUGUUGACCACCACUUUGUCUUCUCCGUGCCUGCCUCCAUCACUGAGCCCCCUCUUUCCCCUGCCCUGCUUGUUGCUGCUGACAACUCCACCUGCAAACCUCAGAGAGUGACUUCUGACUAUGCCCUGUUCAAGAUCCCAAUGGAUGGCUGCGGGGCACGCAGAGUGGUGAUGGGGAAAACUGUGAUCUACAUGGUGGAGAUCAUCAGCAAGGUUCAGGGCCUCAGUCUCAGCUAUGGCACCAUCACAAGAGAUUCUCCUGUCAGGUUUUUGGUUGAGUGCCGGUUUCAGCCAGACUCUUUCCUGACUGUGAGCUACCUGGUUAAAAGUCCCACCCUUGGUCCUGGAGUUCAGACCCAGGAGAAGUUCGGAGUCCAGCUCAGGAUUGCCAAAGAUGCUCAGUACAGCAGCUAUUACCCUCAGUAUCACCAGCCCCUGCAGAUGCUGCUGGGGAGACCCCUCUACCUGGAAGUGCGACUGCUGAACCCUCCAGAUCCCAGUUUGCUGCUGCUGGUGAACUAUUGUGUGGCUUACCCCCGCUCUGGGACGUCUGUGUGGGUGCUGCUUUACAAUGGAUGUCCCAACCCCUUGGAUCCAGCCCCACAUCAGGCCGUUUUGUCAGAUCCUCAACCAUCCUCUCCUCAAGGUCAGACCCGUCGCUUCACCAUCAGCACCUUCCAGUUUCUUCCUGAUGGUGAGCUCAAGGACCCAAAUGAAGAGAUCUACUUCAUGUGCUCCACUGAAAUCUGCUCACCCCGUGACGGACCCUGCGUUGAGGGAUGCUUCGGCCAAUGAUGUUACAACAUGCCUGGAGUUGGUUUGAGACAAAGAUGAUUAUGAUGAUCUGGCCUCGGACAUCCCUCCUUUAACUUGACCAAUAAAAGCCAUUAUAGAACAA